AUGGUCGAGAGUGCUGCCAAGCAAGCCGGAGAGGCAGCCGGACGCCCCAAGUACAGCGAGAUGGUCGCCGCCGCCAUCAGAGCCUUGAAGGAGCGGAGUGGUUCCUCCCGUCAGGCGAUCCUCAAGUACGUCCUGAGCUUCUACGGGGUCGAGGACGAGAAGAAGGCAGGCGUUCAUGUCCGGCUGGCGCUGAAGAAGGGCGUUGCCGGCGGGUCUCUGGUCCAGGUGAAGGGGACGGGGGCCUCUGGCUCUUUCAAGCUGGCCAAGGUGGAAGGCAAGGCGGAGGGAAGGAAACCCGCUGCGGAGAAACCGGUCGCGAAGAAGACCACUGUUAAGAAACCAGCCGACAAAAAGACUUCAGCGAAGGAAACAUCCACAAAAAAGACAUCAGCGAAGAAAAUAUCAGCCAAAAAGACCACAACCAAAAAAGACGUGACGAAGAAGCCCAGCGCGAAGAAGGAAUCACUGAAGAAAACCACAAAGGAAAAGGUUUCGACAAAGAAAGCCACAGCCAAGAAACCGCCGACGAAGAAAACCGCGCUCAAGCAGCCAGCCACCAAGAAAACGACCAAGAAGUCUACAGCUAAGAAACCGGAGAAGAAAUCCACAAACAAGAAGGUGGUCAAAAAAUAA